AAUUGAGCAUUUUUAUGCAAAAUAUGUAUUGGAAAAAAAAUUAUUCAUGCUAGUAAAACUACAACUGCAAAUUUAAGAAAACAUGUUAGUAUUUCCAUGGAAUCUGCACAAUUACAUGAAACACUCAACCUCAAAUCAAAAAUAUAUAACAUAGCAAAACAUCCACAUAUGUUAGAUGCCAUUGACAAAGGAAAACAAUUGUCAAAGAAACAUUUAAAUGAAAAUAGCAAUACUGUUCCAAAUAAAUACCACAUAUUGGAAAGAUGGGGUUCUGGAAACUCGGCUACUCAAAAAAUAUUGGAUAAAGCAAUAUUAAAAUUCAUUAUAGAAAAUAUUCAACCACUGUCCAUUGUAGAUAGUCCAACAUUUAUUAAUAUGGUAAGAAUUGGACUUCCUUCACACAUGCAUAUAAUGUGUAGAAAAACAUUAAAAGAAAAACUUUGUCAAGUGUACGUUACAAUGAAGACAGUCCUUGAAAAAAAAUUGACUGAAGUGCAAUCAGUUGCGACAACAGCGGAUUUGUGGAGCAAAGCAAAAAG